AUGUGUAACGUUACUGUUAAAAUCUUCAAAAAGUGCAAAUCUCCCGUGUACACUUCUCCAGAUAAGUACGAAUCCAAUUGUCGGGGCUUGUAUCCAGUUAAAACUCGGUUUGUGGAGUACAUGCUUUCGCAUGUACAGAAAUUGGAUAAUCUUCUGCAGAUCAACCGCAUUACCCCGGAUAUGUCAGGCGCCUAG